UACAACAAUAAGAAUAUGCUGGCAAGACUCUAGUAAAAUUCCCAAUAAUAAAAACCCGUCUCCACUGCUUUGUUCAAGCACUCUUUGACCACUUUUGAAGCUCUUGAAACCCACCAGCACAGGAGGAGGAGAUGAAUCAGAUGAUGGAUAUUAGGAGAUCAACAGUUCCUCAAAGGUUUCUUCUAUGUGUUUUGUUUCUACUGCUCUCAGGGAUAGUCCUUGUCCUUGGCAACCAGUCCAGUGACUCCAGUCCACUCACACCAGCCAUGUUCAUCCUUGGUGACUCACUGAUAGAUAAUGGUAACAACAACUAUAUACCUACAAUAGCAAAAGCAAAUUAUUUUCCCUAUGGGAUCGAUAUAGGUUUUCCGACCGGCCGGUUCUGCAACGGUCUCACCGUCGUCGACUACGGUGCAAGGUUUUUGGGUUUACCCCUCAUACCUCCAUAUUGGUGCCCAACAUCAAAAGGAGCAAACAUAUUGAGAGGAGUCAACUACGCAUCAGCAGCUGCAGGAAUCCUUGAUGAAACCGGCGAACAUUAUGGUGCCAGGACACCGUUCAGUGGGCAGAUAUUAUUAGUUGAGAAGACUGUGAGACUGCAGUUACCACCAUUUUUCCAGACUCCAGAGGCACUAUCCCAGUUCUUGGCAAAAUCCAUUUUUGUCAUUAAUAUUGGUAGUAAUGACUACAUCAACAACUACCUCCUUCCCAACAUCUAUACCUCAAGCAGAAUCUACAAUGGUGAAGCCUUUGCAGAUCUCCUCAUCAGAAACUUAUCACAACAACUAAAGAACUUGUACAGUUUGGGUGCAAGGAAGAUGGUGCUGGUUGGGAUUGGACUGCUUGGAUGUAUACCCAGUCAACUUUCCAUGGCAAACAGCAGCGACGGUUGUGUCAAGCCAGUCAACAACUUGGUCACUUUGUUCAAUGUUCGUCUAGUUCAGCUCAUGAACACACUCAAUGCCACGCUACCUGGCUCUUUCUUUGUGUACCAAAACAUAUAUGACACCUUCAUGGACAUGAUCAACAACCCUUCCAACUACGGUUUUAGCAUACCAAAUGAAGCUUGCUGUGGGAACGGGAGAUAUGGUGGAGUUGUAAGUUGCCUUCCCUUGCAAAAACCAUGUCAGAAUAGAGACCAAUACAUCUUCUGGGAUUCCUUUCAUACAACACAAGCUGUCAAUGAAAUCAUUGCCACAAGGUGCUAUACCAAGUCUUCAACCGACUGCUACCCAAUCAGCAUCUACCAGUUGGCACAAAUAUAGGGGAAGAAAAUCACUAGGAUAAACAAUCUGAUGCCUCUAUUAGCAUCUUAUUCCUUCAUCUCUUUAUAUACUGUUAUUAAGUUGUUCAUCUCUUCAUGUAGGGUGAUUAAUUUGAAACAAAUUAGAAAACUAGUUGCUCAACCGUAUACAACCAUCAUUUUCUGAAAGCUGCAGUUGUAAACCACAUGAUUCAUAGGGGUGUAAGUUUGACCCCGGCCUAAUGCGCCUUGGCCUGCCCUGAGUCCGACAUUGACCUUGAGGGCCAAUUAUGGUUGAAAUCCAUUGACCCUGGGUCAGAGUUUGGUCGGGCCUAAGUUGAGGCCUAGGUCCAACCUAACCAUGAUUUUAAUCUUGAUUUAUGUAAUAUAACUCUGGGUCAUUGAUUCUUAUGAUCAGAGUCCUGAACAACAUCAAUUAUUUUUUUGCACUUCAUAGUUUUAAUUGUAUAUCGAUAAUUUGAUA